AAAAAUACAACAACUCUAAGAAUUGUCAUUCAAAUUUGCAACGCUCAAAAAUUGCCAAAAGUUAUUGUAUUUUAAAUGUGCACCUUUCACAUUUCACUUUAUAACAAUAAUGGAAAAUAAUAAAACAUUUUGGAUGGAGUUUCUGGACAUAUACCAGGCUCAUCCCGAAUUAUGGAAUUUUAAAAGUGAUGACAAUAAAAACGAACAAUUAAAGGAAUCAGCUUAUAACAUUUUAUUACAAAAAAUGAAAGAACUUAUGCCAGAGGCAACAAGAGAUUUAGUAUUGAAGAAACUGAAUGUAUUUCGUUCCUCAUACCGACGAGAAAAUCGAAAGGUGAAGGACAGUAUGAGAAGUGGAUCUUCGCAAGCUGAUAUUUAUAAACCAAAAUGGCUUUUUUACGAAAAACUUAAAUUCUUGGACAACAAAGAGGAUGACAAUAUUGCGAUAUCACCCUUUGAUUAUGAUGUAACAUUUACAAAAACAUCAAAGAAAAAUGAAAAGGAACCACUUGAAAAUGAUCUUUUACAGUCUUCAGAAGAUGAAGAAGUGCAUUUGUUUAAAUAUAUGCAUGCCAAGUUGCAAAAAAUAAAUGGAAAACAAAAAAAAGUUGUACAAAGGAUCAUUUUAGAAGCCAUAUUUGCAGCUGAUGAAGGCAUAUUAGAUGACAAUAUAUUAAAAAAAUUCCUACAAUCUUUAUAUGUUAAUACACCUUCAACAUCGACGGAAGCAUUAGCUUUUGAAUAAAUUAAUGCUUAAGAAUUUACAUUUCUGUCAAAGUUUUUAUAUUGUUUUUCAAAAAAAGUAUAUAUGAAAAUAUAUACAUUUAUUAUUUAAAAAAAUUCAUUGA